AUGAUACAGCAGAAAGCAGGGAUACAGCAGGCAGUAGGGAUACAGGAGGGAGCAGACAUUCACCACGGAGCAGGGAUACAGCAGGCAGCAGGGCCACAACAGGCAGCAGGACCACAACAGGCAGCAGGGCCACAACAGGACCAGCAGGCAGCAGGGCCACAACAGGCAGCAGGACCACAACAGGCAGGACCACAACAAGCAGUAGGACCACAGCAGGCAGCAGGACCACAACAGGCAGCAGGACCACAACAGGCAGCAGGGCCACAACAGGCAGCAGGGCCACAACAGGCAGCAGGGCCACAACAGGUAGCAGGACCACAGCAGGCAGCAGGGCCACAACAGGUAGCAGGACCACAACAGGCAGCAGGACACAACAGGCAGCAGGGCCAACAGGCAGCAGGACCACAACAGGCAGCAGGCCACAACAGGCAGCAGGACCACAACAGGCAGCAGGGCACAGCAGGCAACAGGACCACAACAGGCAGCAGGCAGCAGGGCACACACAGGCAGCAGGGCCACAACAGGCAGCAGGACCACAGCAGGCAGCAGGACCACAACAGGCAGCAGGACCACAACAGGCAGCAGCAGGACCACAGCAGGCAGCAGGACCACAACAGGCACACACAGCAGGACCACAACAGGCAGGCAGCAGGCAGCAGACCACAGCGGGUAGCAGGACCACAGCAGGUAGCAGGACCACAGCAGCAGGACCAGCAACAGGCAGCAGGACCACAACAGGCAGCAGGACCACAGCAGGCAGCAGGACCACAACAGGCAGCAGGACCACAACAGGCAGCAGGACCACAGCAGGGCACAGGCAGCAGGCAGCAGGACCACAGGCAGCAGGACCACAGCAGGGCAGCAGGACCACAACAGGCAGCAGGACCACAGCAGGCAGCAGGACCACAGCAGGCAGCAGGACCACAGCAGGCAGUAGGACCAGCAGGCAGCAGGCAGGCAGGACCACAGCAGGCAGCAGGACCACAACAGGCAGCAGGACCACAGCAGGCAGCAGGACCACAGCGGGCAGCAGGACCACAGCGGGCAGCAGGACCACAACAGACAGCAGGACCACAGCGGGCAACAGGACCACAGCAGGCAGCAGAACCACAACAGGCAGCAGGACCACAACAGGCAGCAGUAGGGUGA